AUGUGUUUAGAUACGUGCGUUACGAUGGAGAGUCGCUGCCCCAACAACCACUCAUAUCUAGUAGUAGUAUGUCAGGUUUACAACACCACAAGAUGCCAUCGUGGUAUGGGCGAGCCUUUUGCAGUAAAAGAGAACUACUUCGACCUAUCAGAAGAGGAAUGUGCGCAGUGUAAAUCCGAAUUUGACCAGGGAGCUGUGUCGAGGCCGACGAAAAGCCUGGUUAGUCUCAAGAGAGCUGAGACAGUGUUAGCCACAUCGAGAGCGAAUGAGCAUAAGAUCAGGGAUAAGUGGAGCUCGGAAGAUGAAAAGAAAAAUUUCAUCAAAAUACAUACGUUUCAUGGGCUGGCACAAUAUGAAAAAAGGGUAGCUGUCAUAGGAGCUGGUAGGAUGCCACAAAGAACCAUGGAGGAAUACAAAGAAAUUCUAGACAAUACCAUUGACGAAAUGUGGGAUGGGAAUCUCCCUUCAGGUUUCGAGUUUGAAGAGCGGGGAAAUCGCAAGACCUGGGCCAAGGGCAAGGGCAAGGGCAAGAAACCAGCAUCGGAAUCACAACAGACAGAGUUGCCUGGCCUUCGUCGAGAAAGCCAGCCUCCGGCGCUUGCAACUAGCACGGGUCCACCACAUGCUACAAACCAAUCCUCUAUUGGCCACGGGACAGACAGCCAAAGGUACAGUGAUGCCGCAGCUCAAAAUCCAGCCCGACAAAGCAAUUACUCAACAGGCGCGCAGGAAGGCAUGCCUCCAAGUCUUCCUCGAGCCUCUCAAGUAAAUCGUCCUACGAAUCGUCCUAGAAAUCCUCCUGCAAAUUCCACAUUAUCCAAGGAUGACGCGAAGAAGCUUCAACAUGCUAGGCGUCUUGCGAGACGCGAGUGGGAAAAAUCUGCGAGGAAGCUUGCUGUGAGCAUUAAUUGGGGCACACAGGACCAGCGGGAGGAAUUGGUUUAUCGCUUCGUGCAACAGGCUACGAAAUUCUGGGAGGCAGAGAAAAACAAGGGGAAGGCCAGAGUGAUCUUCGACAAGUUUCACCAGGAAACUAUGAUGCGAAAGAUUAUGGGAGAUAUUACAGAAGGAAGACAGACCUCGAAUUUUAUGCCAAGGCCACCUGCCGCAGGUGACAGUUCUUCUUCCGGUGUACAGGGUAACACGGUUCCACCUAGGGGUCUGCAGGCGCUCGCAACUGGUGAAAAUCCAGUUCCAGUCACACGAUUGCCUAAAGUUCCACGAGGGUAUGAUUCUCCGAGGAGAGAGGAGGAUGAUACUGAUUACGAAAAUUUCCCCAUUUCCGAUUCUUCCGAUAUCAAAAAGAAAAGGGAGAAUACGGCCCCUCUAGUAGGACGAGGACAGGGUGCUGCCCACGGACAAACACUCACAGUCCCCAUACCUCAGCCUACAACAGGUGGAAGAGGCACUACUAGUAGGAGGGUAACGCACCAAAGAUUCCGUGAAGAUUCCGGCUCCGAUCACGCCGAACUUUAUGAUGGGCCUAACGAUGACCCUCCGCGUAGGAGACGGCGGCCAGUACCAGCGACUGCUGGAAGCUCACCAGAUCUCAUGGGCCAAUCUCCUUUGAGUCGCAGCGCAGACAAUGGCCUUUGCAGUCGUGCUCCGACCAGAGCCGGUUCCUAUGACUACGUGGAUCCAGGGGCACCCGCAUUUAGCGGUCGAACGGGAUUAACUCCAUUUAGAGAUAAUAGUGAAGACGCUAUAGGGGAAACUGAUUCUGAGUAUGAGAACCUUAGAAGCCGGCAGCCAUCGCUCGCGGCUGGUGGAGGUUCAAAAAAUGUCACAGGCCAACCCCCUCUGAGUCGCGGUCGUGCUACGUCGAACGCCAGUCCAAAAAUGUACGAGGACCCAGGGGCACCUCCCGCCAGUGGUAUAUCGUCGCCGACUUCGAGCGAUAUGCAACGUUCCCCACGCAUUGCAAGCCAAUCUCCAGCUGGACGCAGUGUAAACAGCCAAAGCCGUAGUCGUGCUGGGUCGAACGCAAGCAACUCGGCGUCCCCUAGCGGGCCGAUGUCGAGACAACUGGCAAAGACAAGCAGUAGAGACCUGUCCACUGCAGGUAGUCCAGGCCGGAGUUUCGUGGGCUCCCCGCUCGGCCAAGAAGGUGAUUCACCGCAAGGCGCUCUUCGUCAAAGAUCUUCCAGUAUCCCCAUGCGACCAGGCACCUCUCCAUUACCUUCCACUCCCUCGGGAAAUACGCCUCAUAGUCGUCAGGGAACUCCGAAUUUGCAGCAGACAAGACUAGUGACGGGUCGUGGACGAGGCUAUGGCCAAGGAGCCGCGCAUCCCAAUCUUGAGAGCAGAGGUAGGGGCGGAAAUUCUAGAGGGAGGGGGCGAGGCACCUAA